AUGACUGGGCAGAAGUGCAUCGUCGUCGGCGCCGGUCCGGUCGGAUCCCUGGCCGCACUUUACGCUGCGAAACGAGGACAGGAUGUUGAAAUCUAUGAGCUGAGAAGCGACCUUCGCGAUCCGUCCACCACUCCGCUGAAUUUCACAAAGUCCAUCAAUCUUGCCCUCUCGGAGAGGGGCAUCAAUGCCAUGCGCCAUGCUGGCUCGGACAAGCUCCUUCAACAUGUUCACUCGGCCACCAUCCCCAUGAGAGGACGCAUGAUCCACGGAAGGAAGCCCACGGGGGAGUUGUACGAGGAGCCCCAGGACUACGAUAUCCAUGGCAGGACAAUCUUCGCCGUUGACAGGGCUGACCUCAACAAGCGGCUGCUGGACAUCCUAGAAGAGAUGCCCAACGUCAAGUUGUUCUUCAACCACAAGCUUACGGGCGCUGAUUUCAGGCAACGGAAAGCUUGGUUCGAGACCCGUAGCGCGCCAAACGGCGACGCCUCGACCCGCCCGGACGAGAUCGAAGUCAGCUUUGACUUCAUGCUGGGUGCCGAUGGCGCACACUCGGCAGUCAGAUACCACCUGAUGAAGUACGUCCGGAUGGAUUACCAGCAAAAGUACAUCGACACUAUAUGGUGCGAGUUCACGAUUCAGCCCAAGGACGUCGGCCCCUCCGAUGAUCCGAUGGCCAAGUUCAGGAUCUCGCCAAACCACCUCCAUAUCUGGCCUGGGAGGCAGUUCAUGUUCAUCGCCAUCCCGAGCGAGGACGGUACUUUUACAUGCACCUUGUUCAUGCCUAGUAGCAAUUACGCGGAGUUGGAGGCCGACCCGUCCCAGCUGCCCAGCUAUUUCGACCGCUAUUUCCCAGGAGUGACCUCAUUGAUCUCCCCGAGCGAUCUUGUGUCUUCUUUCAAAGCAAACCCGCAUCUACCCCUAAUCAGCCUCAAGUGUACGCCAUACCACUUCUCGAGCUCGGUCGUCGUCCUCGGUGACGCGGCACACGCCAUGGUUCCCUUCUACGGCCAGGGAAUGAAUGCAGGCUUGGAAGACGUCUACACGCUGUUCUCCGUCCUGGAUAAGCACAGCGUGGAGGAAACCAACAACCCGGUCAACCCAUCAGUUGUCGACCCUGCCAUACAGCGAGCAUCGGCCCUUGCUGAGUACUCGGCGAUUCGCACGCCCGAUGCUCACGCCAUCAACGACCUCGCUCUGCAGAACUACAUUGAAAUGCGUGCUUCUGUUCUGUCACCCGCCUAUCGAUUAAGGAAGGCCCUGGAGGAGUGGCUGUCCGUCUAUGUGCCCAGCCUGGGCUGGCAAACCAAGUAUUCGCGCGUCAGUUUCUCUAAUGAGAGAUACUCCGAGGUCAUUGCGAAGAGUGAUCAUCAAGGCAGGGUCCUGGUACGUGUGCUGAAAGUGCUGCUGUUCGGCUCUGUCACAGCUACCGUGGUUGGGCUUCGCUGCUGGAAGAACCCUAAGUUCUUCAGGAGGAUGUUUAGUAGUUUCCAGGGAUUCCUGAGGGGUGUCAAAGGUUGA